AGACAGUCUUGGCCGAUGAAGUCUGUGUGGUCACGGGCUCUGCAUCCCAAUCCUACCCCUCUCUCUCUCUCUCUCUGAGCAAAUGGCAGGCACUUCAGUUCUCUCUGGAGUCGCAAGGAGGCUAGAGGGCAAGGUGGCACUGAUUACCGGAGGAGCCAGCGGCAUUGGCAAAUGCACGGCAAAAGUGUUCACAGAGCAUGGAGCCAAAGUUGUGAUAGCCGAUAUCCAAGACGAACUGGGCCACUCGGUCCGCGAGGCCCUAGGCCCAUCAAAUUGUACCUACAUCCACUGUGAUGUUACUAAUGAGGAGGAUAUCAAAAAUGCUGUAGACGCAGCAGUUGAUACCUAUGGAAAACUGGACAUCAUGUUCAACAAUGCCGGAAUAUCAGACCCGAACAAGGCCCGUGUCAUAGACAACACGAAGGAGGACUUCGAGCGCGUGCUUAGUGUCAAUGUCACCGGUGUUUUCCUGGGCAUGAAACAUGCAGCUCGGGUUAUGGUACCGGCCAGAAGUGGCACCAUAAUUUCAACUUCUAGCAUAAGCUCAAAUGUUGGUGGUGCAGCGUCACACGCUUAUUGUUGCUCAAAACACGCAAUACUAGGCCUUACAAAGAACUUGGCAAUUGAGCUGGGACAAUUUGGGAUUAGGGUUAAUUGCUUAUCACCCUACGCGCUUGCAACGCCUUUGGCUACCAAAUUUGUCGGCCUUGGUGAUGAGGAUCUUGAGAAUGCAAUGAGUGCGCUUGCCAACCUCAAGGGCGUGCAUCUGAAGGCAGAAGAUGUGGCUAAUGCAGCCCUUUAUCUAGCAAGUGAUGAGGCUAAAUAUGUGAGUGGUCACAACCUCUUCAUCGAUGGAGGUUUUAGCAUUUAUAAUUCGUCAUUUAACAUGUUUCAGUAUCCACCAGAUGCUUGAUCCAUCCCAUGGUUUAUUGGCAUAAGUCUAAAUUUUUAGACAUCUGAAUUUCACGAAUCUAAAAUGUUUGUGUGUGUCUGUGGGGACUAUAAGGCCUCUUCAAAUUUUUAGAGCUGUAAGAUGGAGGAUGGUUUUUGAAGCUUGUUGGGCUAUUAAUGCUGAGAUAAGGUUCUAAAUUAAAAUCUCCAUUUUUUGUA